AUGGAGAAUUUCGGAGUGUACGCGGUCUUUGGAGUGGGCGGACCUCCGCAGAGGCUUAUUUGCGCUGAUGGCUCCUCCAGAGUGAGUGUUUCAGUAUCACCGUGUGUCCAGCAGGUGGUGCUGUUCAGCAGUGGACCGUGGGGGGAGCGGCUCUGCGUGAACGUGGAGUUGGAGGAUGCUGCAAGGGUCCCCAUCACCAUUGGCAAACUCACGCCCUACAACAAGUGCCUGUCAUGGGAGCAGUGGGAGGAGAACAGAUGGACAAACUCAGUCACACUCAGACUGUCUGUGGAGGGGGCAGCUCUGGGUAAACCCCACUGGUCAGAGCCUGAGCAGGUCUCCACUGUGAAGAAGUACACCCCUAAGGUCUCAGCUGUGCCCCCCCCCAGAGCCUGCAACUUGAGUGGUAAAAGGAAGAGAGAGCAGGACCAGGAGGGGAGCAGUGGGGCCAGAGAGGAGAACAUCUGUCCCAACAAAGCCCUGGGGACCCCAGUGAGGAAGGACCGGAGCCAGCCCAAAAGGGGGCUCAAGCUGUUCAUCAAUGCACCAGACAGGGGCAGUGAGGUCCCGAAAGCUGCAGUUAAAACCCCUCCAAAUCUAUCCAAGACCAAGAACCGAAAGACCAGGACCCCAACACAGCCCGCCUCUCUGGUCAGUCCCUCUAGCCGCUGGGGGCACACUCUGAGCCCACUUGACCCGCACACAGCCAUCCUGAUUGGGGGGCAGGGAAACAGGAUGCACUUCUGUGAGGACCCUAUGUGGAAGCUCUGCACCGAGGACAGGAGCUGGGUGCACACAGAGACCCUGGCUGAGGGCCCCACCCCUGAGACUCGAAUGGGACACACAGCCGUCUAUGACCCAGACUCCCAACAGAUCUUUAUGUUUGGAGGCUCCAAGAACAAAACAUGGUUCAAUGACGUUCACAUCCUGGACACGUGCAGCUGGAGGUGGACCAUGGUGGAGGCCCUGGGACAAGUGCCUCCGCUCUCCUACCACAGCUGCACCCUGUUCAGAGGAGAGCUGUGGGUGCUGGGGGGCGUGUUCCCUAGGCCCCACCCACAGCCCGAUGAGUGCAGUGACGCCCUCUACAUCUUUGACCCCCAGCUAUCCAUCUGGUACCAGCCCAUCGUCACUGGGGAUAAGCCUGCCCCACGCUCUGGACACUCGGCAUGCUUGAUGCAGCAGAGGAACCUGUAUGUGUUUGGAGGCUGGGACACUCCGCUCUGCUUCAAUGACAUGCACAUGUUAGACCUGGGGCUGAUGGAAUUCUCAGCAGUCAGCACAUAUGGGAAAGCCCCUUCCCCACGCAGUUGGCAUGGCAGUGCCGUGCUCUCAGACUCCAAGUUCCUGAUCCACGGAGGCUACAACGGAAAUCAAGCUCUCGGUGAUGCCUUUAUCUUUGACACUGACACAAACACCUGGACAGAGGUAGCCCUUCCAGAACUCCAUCUCCCCAGAGCCGGACACACAAUCAUAACCAUGGAAUCCAUCCGCUACCCUCAGGAUGAGGACCAGGACCCAUCGUGGGAGGCUAGGGCUCUUCUGGUGUUUGGGGGAGGGGACAAUGAGGGUACGUUCUACAGCGACCUGACUACAGUGGCCAUGGACAGACUGCUCGCCACACUCUGAUGCUAGCACAUGUUAACACAUGCUAGGCUACUAUUUAUAUUCUUUUAAAUUGUAUUUUUGUAUAUAUGGUUAUUUUAUG